AUGAAUGAUGCGACGACUGCUCUGCUCACGGAGCACUUUAGUUAUACUCCUUUGGCCAUCUCCAGUCUCGAAUCGGGGCUGCUGUCGACUCCUCCCGAGCGGUUGGGCUUCCGCCACUCCAACAACGGCACGACCAUUCCGGAUACCGAUGGAGACGGCAAUGUCGAAUAUCCAGAGGCGAAGCUGGAAAUCGAGAAUGGACUGAACCAACUAGAGACGUUGUUCGAGGCGAAUGUGGACAAGGCGUUUGAUAAAUUCGAGAUCUACGUGCUGCGAAACAUCCUCACUGUGCCGCAAGACCUGGUGAAUUGGGUGAGACUUGGACAUUACGAGAAUCUAUCUUUCUCCGAUCAAGAAUCAGACGCACCCACACCCGAGUCGAUUAAUCUACAGCGGAAGAAGCUGCAAGAGACCCGGAAGCUGCAACGCGCUCUGAAACAAGAGUGCGAGCGAAAUGAUGCCAUAAUCGCCCAACUGCGCGCGAUACUAUCAGAUGCUCAAUCGGCGACUUCAAAACAAUCCGCAGGGGACAGCCAGCAGUCUGCUGGACAAGAUGCUCCGAAUUUAUCCUUCUUGACGUCUGAUCCGGCCGCAAAGCAGUUGAAUGUGGGCAGCAAUGCAGGUCCUUUAACGACGAACACUACCUUCAUACUGUCUCAGCUGCCAGCCCUGCGUUCUAUGCUGAACCAGCUGCGCCCCAAGCUGAGCACACUCCCGAAGUCUGUUGAUGAGAUGGACUUGGAUUCCAAAAAGGACGAGAGACGAGAAUACAUUGAGAGCCGGGUCCGCCUGCACCUCGAGCGUGCUGGGGAACCAGCUUUGGGCGAUGGAAACAGCGUGGUUGCAGGCAGGAAAAUCAAGCGCUCUGAAGCGCAGGCGAUUGAGAACGUUGCUAAUAUACUAAACAAGUAG